AAAUUUAAUUCAUAAACUGGGUAUAUGUGGCAAAGUUCACAUUUGAUAAACUGGUAUUUGAUCAAAAGCUGGAUAACAGCCUCGCCAAGUUGACACACAAAAUUGACCACAGUUCAUCUGGAGUUAUAUUUUUGUGCGGAUCUAUUUUUUUUCCUUUUCCAUAUGCAUAUCCAAUUUUUUCAGCUCCCUUUAUUAAUGGCUUCUCCCCAUUUAAUCUGCCAGGACACCUGUGUCCUAUGUGGCCCUUUCCCUGGUAGUUUUGCUGAGCCACAGCCAUCCCAUUCUACUGCAACAAUGAACCAAGAGAAACAAAUUCUGAAAUUUAAAUGUUGUUUAUUACAGACCAGUGAAAUGGGAGAGCUCACAGCCACCAGGCCUGCAAAAAUAUUGUGCCUAAUGGCCCUUCUAUAUGACAGCCAAGUGGCUGUCGCAAAAUGUUUUUCGUAUAACUUACUGGGGAGUCGUGAAAUGAGAAAGUUAACAUAAAUUGAGUAAGAUGCAGUCCACAUUGAAAUUUCCCCAAAUAUCUCCUAGUCAUUUUCUAUAGUUUUUAAAAAUUAGAGGUCAAAGUUUACCUUUUACUUUGUCUAUUUUAACCUCUUUAAGUCUAGACUAUCUCAUUAAUCUUGUUUUCCAUGACUGUUUUAAGGAGACGGCUGGUUGUCCUUUAGAACAUCUUAAAUUUUAAUUGAGAUCUCAAAUCAGAUCUAAUAUUUUGUUAUUCAGAUUGUUCCAGCCUUGGCCAUGAGGGGAUGGAGGCUCUUUCAAUUGUCUCCUGUGCCUCAAGUGCGUGUGUGCAUGCAUGCAUGCUUGGGGGUGCUUGCCUGUGUAUAUAUGUGUGUGCUUUCUGGCAGCACAAGAUGCUCCAGGCAUAUUUCCUGUCCCAGCCUUAGAAACUACUGGUUUUGUUUUGUUUUACAAAUUCUCUAUAUAUAAUGGAUGUGAGUACUUUGUAGGACAAAUGUGUCAUAAAUUUCCUCUCCUAUGGCUCGCCAUUCACUCUCAUUGGUGGCUUUUGAUGAAAAGAAAGCCCUCCACAUAUAGUAGGUUGUAUUUUGUGUCAGUAGAUACCCAAGUUUUUCCAUUUUUAAACUUUGGUGAGAAAUGGAUCCUUUGAGUCCCUUACCUGACUCACUCAAAUUUUGAUAGUAUCUACUCUAACCAUUGCUUUGAUCCAGGGUAGACCUCAACCACUGCACAGCAAAUCUCGGCACUGAAGCCUUCUGAAUGUUUUUCCUGUGUGUUCUCUUCCUGUCCUGAGACUGCUCCAUUCCUCCAUCUACUCAGCUUCUAACCUUAGUGACAAAAUCCAGCCUCUCCACUUUUGACAUUGACCUGGCUAACCUAAUAAUACCUUACUCUUGCCUUCUGAUGCUUUCAGACCAUGGCUGGUUGGCCAGGUUCUGGUCCUGAGAUCCCAUUUGGCUUUAGCUACUUGGCCAGUACCCCUGCCAGGUUUGCUUCUGCUUCCUGGAAGGGAGAGGUUAGACUUGGAACUGAAAUAAAAAUCAGUAUUGCUAUUGAGAAUCAAAAUUCAUUGAAUUCUCUGACCUCCAUUGUCUAAUAGCCUUAUCUAGAGGUACUUCACGGACUAAUUGAAGAGGUAAGAUAUCUAGGAGGAACAAAUUAAGACUAAGGAUGUGUCAUGUUUUAAGGGCUAGUUUGUGUGAUAAAGAUGAAAACUUGUUAGAUGCUCAAGUUAGAAGACCCGGGGCUGGAGAAGGUAGGGAAGUGGUGAUGAGAUGGAACGAGCAGGAGGACGUGCAACCCAGUAGCCUGCAAAGCUCAAGAGCCUGGCUGGCGUAAAGUGUGAGAAUAGGAAGUGGGGAAUGAGAUAUGGGACAGCUUGGACAGAGGUGUUUGGGACUUAAUUCUGAUGGGCAAUAGGGAAAGUUGGUGGCUUUGUGAGGAGAGGAGAGAUGAAGAAAGCAGUGUUUUAAGGAUGAAAGAUUAAGAAGAGUGACCUGAUAAUCAGUAUGAGGUUGGAUUGGCAGAAAGAAGGAGGAGGGAGAGGCAUGUAGAUACCAUGUUUUCAAAAGUAUGAAAGGAAAUUGAUUUUAGUGGGUGUUUGUUUUUGCCACUUGCCAUUCGUUUAUUCCAUUUCAGUGAAAAGAUCUUUAUUCUGUGUUUCAGAUCUUUUGCUAGAAUAACUGUGCUGCCGUGAAUAACUAUACAUCUUUCACUUUGUACAUAAGAGAAUACAUUUUAGGGUAAAUUCUUUGACAUGGACAUUUUGAGUCAAAAGAUAGGUGUAUUUUAAAUUUUAAUGCAUGGAUGAAUUUCUUUUCAUAAAGAUAAUCGAUUUUACAUGCAAGAGUGUCAGUUUGGGCACUGUGUGAUCAAACUUGUUAGGAAAGAUGUAUUUAAGGACUAGAAAAUACUUAAGAAAUAUUGUUUUAAAAGCAACACAAAAUUUUAUGCACAUUAAGAUCUUAACCAUGCAAUGUGUAUUAUUGGAAGAGAUUAUGCCAAAAUAUUAAGUCAUCUUAAAUGUAUUGGUCAUUAAAUUUAAUUAUUUCAUAAUUGCCAUAAUAGUAUUAUUUAACUUUGCUGGUGAAAUGCCCCAAAUUUGUUAUAGACCCUUGGAUACAGUACACAUUUUACUUGUCUUUACAACACCUGUCCAGGUGAUGAGCUUAUUAAUGAGGGAGAAGGGAUGAGCAGCAGGAACAACAAUUUGCAAUUUUCAAUCUUGCCACCAGGUGGUGGAAGAGUUAAAAUUCGGGUAUCUUUGGGGCCAGAUCCUGGAAAGUAAGCACAAUGUAACUUGAGAGCUUGUAAGACUUUCUAAUACUUAAAUAUAUAUACAUAUAUUUUAUAUAUAAUUAAAACUUAAACAAUUAGAACUGUAUGUAAAAUAUUUGUUAUAAAAUCGUGAAAACGUCCAAGGAAAGUCUUGGUCCUGUCUUUGGCUUUUCAGCUUCUUUUAUUUCCCCAGUUGGCUCUAUUUCUUAACCUUCUUGCGGUUUAACUUGUCCUCCUGCUGCCCCCUGAUGGUGCUGCCAUCCGUUCCUUCCUUCUAACUUCACUGCUUUCCAUAGAGUAACAACCAGAUGAAUGGAUGCAUGCCUUCAGAGUGACUCAGGGCUGGAGGCCACCUCCUUAGCAUUGUAGUUGUGGAUUACUCUACUGGUGGGAUUUCAUCAUAGUGGGCCUGGAGGUGGCAUACCAGACAGAACCUUUGCGUUGUGCUUCAGAUAGCCCCAGCAAAUGCUCUUUCACUGUGUCUGGAUAGAGCUAGAACCUACUCAAGAGGCAAGCGCCCUGGGAGUAUGAGCGCUUAAAUACUCUGUGAUCUUGGGCAAGUCAUCGGGCCUUUCUGGGCUUCAGUUUUGGCUAAGAGCACCUUCUUGCGGCAAAGCAGGGAUGGGUCUAACUUGCCCUGGGAUUAUGAGAGUGGAGGGAGAGGAAGCUCUGGGAUCCUACUGCUGGAGUGGAAUUGGUAAAGAAGGGCCUUGGGUCCCGAGAUUGGGAAAAUUAGAGAUGGAAGGUAGCCUUUGCAAAUUACCCUUCAGGAUCUCAGAUACCUGGAAAGGGAGGAGCUGAGCUCCUAGAUGACCUAGAGUCAGUAUCAAUGACCUUUCCAUUAUUUCUAGACUGAAACGUGCCCCAAGGGCUGGUCUGCAGCCAACACACCUGGGGCCUUGCAAAGCGUCUGUCUACACCUCACGUGGCCGCUGGUAUUGUCGGCCCUCAGGCUUAACCCAGCCAACAGCCGGUCCACGCGACCAUCCUCUAAUCAGCCGGGGGGCUUCUCCAUCGCUCCGCUGAACUUGGAUUUCUCUGCGUGGAAUUCGGUCGAGACUGGAGUGGGCUUGUGGGCAGGGCCGGAGCCGAAUUCGGGCAGGCGACUGGACCAGUUCCUUCUAAACCCCCGAGGCUUCUUGAAAAGGGCUCGCUAGUUGAUCGCUGGCUGACCUUGGGGGGAGGCUUUAAACCUGUCCGAGCGCGGGACGUGAGAGCCGGGCUCCGGGCAUCAGGCGCCCGCAGGGCGGGAGGCGGAGCGCACCAGCCUGGCGUGCGGCAUCGGGCGUGGUUUAGGACCCCGGGGCGGGCCCUCGCGGCUGACGGUGCGACUCCAGAGCUGGGCUGCGGGACUACCCGCCGUGACCGCCAGGCUUCCCCACCGCUGCAGCUGCUCCGCUCUGCUCCGAACCAGCCCGCGCGCCGGCCAUGACGCGCUCACUGUUCAAGGGGAACUUCUGGAGUCUGGACAUCCUCAGCACCAUCGGCUAUGACAGCAUCAUCCAACAUCUGAACAAUGGCCGCAAGAAUUGCAAAGAGUUCGAAGACUUUUUAAAAGAAAGGGCAUCGAUUGAAGAGAAAUAUGGCAAAGAUCUGCUCAGCCUCUCCAGGAAGAAGCCAUGUGGACAGUCUGAGAUCAACACCCUGAAGCGGGCCCUUGAAGUCUUCAAGCAGCAAGUAGACAAUGUGGCACAAUGCCACAUUCAGCUUGCACAGACUCUAAGAGAAGAGGCCAAGAAGAUCGAAGAAUUCAGGGAAAGGCAAAAGCUACAACGGAAAAAGACAGAGCUUAUAAUGGAUGCUAUCCAUAAACAGAAGAGCUUACAAUUCAAGAAAACCAUGGAUGCAAAGAAGAACUAUGAGCAGAAAUGCCGAGACAAAGACGAUGCAGAGCAGGCUGUCCACCGAAGUGCCAACCUCGUAAACCCAAAGCAACAAGAAAAGCUUUUUGUGAAACUAGCAACUUCAAAGACAGCAGCAGAGGACUCGGACAAGGCGUACAUGCUGCAUGUCAAUAUGCUGGAUAAGGUCCGAGAAGAGUGGCAGAGCGAGCACAUCAAGGCCUGUGAGGUGUUGGAGGCUCAAGAAUGUGAACGAAUAAACUUCUUUCGGAACGCAUUGUGGUUACACAUGAAUCAUCUGUCGAAACAAUGUGUCAAAAGUGAUGAUAUGUAUGAAGAAGUUCGUAAGAGUUUAGAAAUGUGCAGCAUCGAGAAAGACAUUGAGUACUUUGUGAAUCAACGAAAAACUGGACAGACUCCACCAGCACCCAUCAUGUAUGAAAAUUUCUACUGCCCCCAGAAGAAUGCAGCCCCACCAGGAAAGGCUACAGGGCCUAACUUGGCAAGGAGGGGACCUCUCCCAGUCCCUAAAAGUUUACCAGAUGACCCAGGUUACUCUGUGAUUGAUAACUACAGUUUGAUCUACCAGUAACAUCAAUGAAAACAAAGCUUUUUCCAGCUGGUGCUUCUAUGGCAUGGAAGGAGGCACUCCAAGCAGCAGAAUCUGUAGAAAUUAUAUCAAUCAUGAAGACUUUGAGAUGAACCCUUGCUCUAAUUUUUUGAUAUUUUAACUGUAUCAUAGACAUUUAGUUUACCUUAAGCUUGUUGAGUUCCGCAGUUUCUAAGACAAAUUCACAGAUUGUCCCAGUUUGAAGAAUGAUCCUUUCUUAAUCAGUUACUAAAGUUGUGACAGCAUUGUGUUUCCGACUUCAUCCAGGACAGUUUCUGGAUUUGGAGCCUUGACUCUUAUGGGGUGGAGGCAGGAGUGGCUGUAGAGGAGUCUGAGCCAUCAACCUGCAAAGAAGCUCCCUUGGCAUAGGAGCAGCAUGCUAUGGAAUUUCCACAGCAACACACACUCUCAGUGGUACAAGAUUUAAAAUUAUUUUCCUUUUGGCCGGAAGACUUAGAGGCCAUCUGAUCGUACUUUCUCAUUUUACAGAUGAGAAAAAUGAGGCCCAGAAGUGUGAAAUCAAUUUCCUCACUGUUGUCCCAGCUGAUUACGGACAGCCCAGAACUAGAGUGCAAGCUCAUCCCAUAUCACAAUUCUUCUAACCCUUCCCAAGGCGGUGAUACUUAUGUUGAAAUGUAAGACACCAAAUGUUUUUGCCAGCAUCUUUUCAAUUGGGAAAUUACCAGGGUUUAAAUGUCAGAUUUAUUUUUAUAUGACUUACUGUGUGUACUGAAGCACUGCAUACCACAUUUAAUCUAAUCUAACCUAAUCUAAUCUAAUCUAAUCUAAUCUAAGCACUGAUUGUAAAACAUGCCAUUAUUUUAUAUACCACUAAGAAAGUUGGGUAGGGGAGAAUUCACAAUUAAUGUGUGGCAGUUAAUAGCCAAGCUCAUUUGAAUUUGAGAUUAUAACAUGUGCAGAAAAAAAAGUAUCCUAGAAUCAAUGAAAUCUGGUAUUUUAACUCUAUUCCUGAAGAGAAUUUUAGAGUUAUAAAGCCAGUCCUCAGUCCUGGAUUUUCACAGAGAUCCUGCCCUUCUAGAUCCUGGAAACUUUUAAAGUGUCAGUCUUCCCUUUUCACAGAAAUUGGGGUCUUCCUUUUGUCACCCACAAACAGCAAGGAGAUUAUGUACCUUUCGUGCAACAGUCACACACUGUAAGAAAACGGUUCAUUUUAGUUAAUAAGUUAAAAUAUCAUGGGACAAAAAAAUAAAAAUAAAAAUAAAAUAACACUGGCACUUAGGCUAUAAAAUUUUGUUACUGCAAAGAGCAUAUAUUUUCCUCUCUUGCUCUAUGCAGUAGCUUUCUUAGAACUAUGGACAAAUUGACUGAAAGAAAAUUGAUUAUUUCUCCUCUUUUGAUACAAGGUGCUACUGAGAGUGGCAGCUUCUUGUCAUGACAGGAAGCUUGCUUCAGUUGGAUAUCCCUUUGAGAAACUGAAGCUUGCAAAGGGCCAUUGACUUCCCCAAAUUGAAAAGGCUCAGGAAAUUUUCCUUCAAACUCAGAACAUUCUAU